CGCCACAUUCGCUUCUCUUUUCAUUUAAACCCGUGUCUCUCUUCUUAUGGGGCCAAAACCCUUCCCGUUUCUCUCUUCGCUUCUUUCCAAGCAAAAACCCUAAUACCUUUCUUUUGUUUUUGGUGCUAUCGCAUUCGUAAAACUUUACAAUGCUCCCUCACUCGUACACUGUCGAUUCCCUUUCCCAAUCCCAAGACCUCGCCUCGGCAAUACUCGCCUCCACCACUCCCUCCCAAAUAUCCGCCAUCUGCGCCUAUGUGGACUCCUUCCUACACUCGCACACAACUGAUCAAUCCCGCCAUUUCUUCUCGAUCACAUUCCCAACCCUAAUCUGCAAACUCUUCGGCUUCGAUGACGCCACGUCACUACCCCCACCUCCAUCGCCCCAAAAACCCCAGCAUCCCCACUCCAACGGCUGGAUCGAACUUGCUUCCCAAUCUAACUGCUCGGAUUUAUCCUCCAAAAUCCUAUGCCUUCUUUCCCCAAAUGGAACUUUAAUGAACUCAAUCUCAUCUGUUGAUCGGCAUUCCCUCGUCAAAUUCGUGUUCCCAGUUGAACGGCUCCCGAAGUGGGUCCGAUUCAUGCUAUCCAACUACAAAGAGUGCCGGGUUUUAUCCGAUUUGUGCCCUUUGUUUAAUGGUAAAGUCCAAGAAGAUUCAGUUAAGGGCCCUUUUUGUCAAAUUCAAUUGAAUGUUUUCGAAUAUUAUAUGUUUUGGUUCGCUUAUUAUCCCAUUUGUAAAGGAAACAGCGAGAACUUGGACUCGAAUUCAGUAAAAAGAAGCAAGAAGUUUAGGUUAGAGAAUUGGGCGCACUCAAUUCGGGGUUUUCCAGGGUCAAAUAAGCGUGAAAUGGAGCAAAAAUUUGAGGCUAAUCUUUAUAUACUGCUUUUAUAUGCGUAUCUUCGUGCAUUUGUGCCUAUAUUUGAUUUGGGUGCUCACCAACCUUAUCGUAGUUCAAUUUUGAAUUACUCUUUGAAGUGUGAUGGUUCGGUUAUAUUUUGUGCUGAGUUUUUGGUCAAUGUUUUGGUGCAUUAUUGGUUGGUUGAUAAUGAUUUUUCACCGUUGCCCGAUAAUGUAUGCAAAUCGUUUGGUGUGUCGAUUCCGUUUAGGUCAAUGUUGGGAGAGACCCCACCGACAAGCGGGUUGGGUGAGGUGGUGAAGUUGUUUGUAAAGUACGUGAAUUUGAGCUCGGUCAUAAGCAUGGAUGGGUUUGACAGUAUUGAUUAUGAUGAAAGUCCAUGCAGGAGGGCUUCUGGUUGUUUUGAUAGUGGGAGCUCAAGGGACGCUGUUUCUGUGUCACCUUGUGCAUGUUUUGUUGGUUCUUGGAACUUGUGGAUACAGAGGCCAUUGUAUAGGUUUAUAUUGAGAACAUUCUUGUUUUGUCCCAUGGGAACAUCAAUCAAGAAUGCAUCACUGGUGUUCUCUGUAUGGGUUAGUUUUAUGGAACCUUGGACAAUCAGCUUGGAUGAUUUUGCAGAGCUUGGUGAGAUUAUGAAUGGAUCAAGUAAAGAUUUGAGGAAGCAGGAACCACAGUCUCAAGCUUCUGGAUAUUCCUCAUUAUGGCAAGGGUAUGUUUUGUCUAAUUAUCUAUACUACAGUUCACUGGUUAUGCAUUUUAUUGGAUUCGCACACAAGUUCCUUCAUACAGAUCCAGAAGUAAUAAUCCAGAUGCUAUUGAAGGUUAUAAGCCUGUUGACAUCCUCUAAAGAGCUGAUUGACCUGAUAAAGAAUGUAGACGCUAUUUUUCAUUCGAAACAAGCUGUUUCAAGCAAAUCAACACUCAAUAGCUUGUAUAGAUAUGUUCCUUUAAUUCGUGAACAGUUGCAGGACUGGGAGGGUGGCUUACGUGAAAGUGAUGCCAAUGGAUCUUUCUUGCAUGACAACUGGAACAAAGAUCUGCAACUCUUUAGUGAAGGGGAAGAUGGGGGACAACAACUUCUUCAGUUGUUUAUAUUGCGUGCAGAAGCUGAGUUGCAAGCAAUUUCUGGCUAUAAUCUCGCACGCGGCCUUCAGUUAAUAGAUUCAUUGAAAGCAAAAUUGGGCUGUUUGUUUGGUGGCUCUGCAGUGAAGCCAAUUCCUAUUUCACCUGAACUGAGACAGCCUCUGCACUUCCGUGAUGAAAUCUUCAAGCCCAGAAGAGUUGGCAACCUAACAUUAGCUAAUAUCACAUACAAGGGUGACUGGAUGAAGCGCCCAAUCUCCAAUGACGAGGUGGCAUGGCUUGCAAAGUUACUUAUCUGGUUAUCUAGUUGGUUGAAUGAAAGCCUUGGCUUAAACCGCCCAGAAAUUAGUGAUGUGGGUUCUAAGUGGUCCUAUGUGGAUGUCCCGGGUGAUGCAGCAAACAUUAGGGGAGCUAGAGAGACCAUGAAAACUCUGCUUUGCUUAAUUGGUUCAUGGCUUCUAAUGAUGGGUACAACAACGACGAGAUUAAUGAGAAAACGUGGUUUAAGGGUAAAUCUUAGGGUGUUGGCUUACAAGAAAGUUGUGAUGGUGUUAUUCCUAUCUGUUGUAUUUAGUGUAUUGAAGAAAGCUUUUGGAUUGUUUCAUUGAUAUGUAAAUGAAUCGCAAGAAUAGGGACAAAUGGUACAUAAAACCAGAGAAACAAAAAAGCUCAUUUUUUCUUUUCCUUUUUCCUCGCAAGGUUGGUUUCCUUGGCCUUGCCUUUUCUUACCAUUCAUUUAUGUUUAGUUUAUUUUUCCCACUAAGACAAUUGUAAUUGAAUUUGAGGCUUACAAUUGUAAAUAAUAUAUUUUUUU